AUGCAUUCUUCAAGUCAUGACAAUGGUUUCCAUCAGAGAAAAAUUCAUCAACACAAAGUAUCAUCUGUAAAACAAAAAUAUGAUAAGCAGUACAAAAAAAUAAAGAGCAUAAAUUUGUUAAAAGAAUUUACCCAGAAUUCCACAAUCCAUGGAGUUCAACAUAUUUUCCGAGAAGGGGAAACCCCAGUUCACAGAUUAAUAUGGAGCGUAUUUUUUACUAUCUGUCUGACUGGAGCUAUGUACUUUAUAUAUGAUUCUUGGACUGGAUAUGUAUCUGUUCCCAUCGUUAUGUCUGUUGUUGAAACAAGCUAUCCACUUGAUGCAGUUUAUUUUCCAGCUGUAAGUGUCUGCCCUGUCCAAAAAAUUGUUUUAUCUAAAGCAAUGGAAUAUUUUACCAAGAAUCUGGAUAAUGCUACACUUAAUGAUGUCGGAUUAAAUAGUUUUUUAAAGGCUCUGACUGCAUUGCAAUAUCCAUUAUACAGGGGGCUCUCUCUUUAUCUCUAUGAAAGUGGAGGAUUGCUUCAAAAAUUAGAAAUUUUAAAUAUAACAGAAUUGAUGUUAAAAUCCCUUCCAGGUUGUGAAGAAAUAUUUUUUAAAUGUUAUUGGCGAGGAUUUGUUAGAAAUUGUUGUUCUUUAUUUCAUCUUCAAAGAUCGGAAAUUGGAUUUUGUUAUUCAUUUAACUCAUUUACAUCAGAAAAAUACAAAGAUUGCAUUUACAAAGAUAAAGAGGUAGAGCUGAGGGAGCAUUGCAUACUCAUGACUACAAGUGGCACCGGUCCUGGAAGUGGAGUUGGGGUAUUAUUUAAAUCAUCCAACUCCUCAGAUCAACUGCUUGUUAACAGUAAUUCUAAAGCUAUGAUUCAAAUGCAUCAUCCCAAUGAAUAUCCAGAACCAGGAAUGGGAACAUUAAUUCCAAUAGAAAUGGAAAAAAUGAACGUUUUGAUCAAAGCAACGGUUACAGAAAGUUCGGAUGACAUAAGAAAAAUGCACCCAGCCGUAUCUGGUUGUUAUUUUAAGGACUCAAAGAAGUCGCUCAUAACAACAAUUUACUCUCAAAAGUCGUGUCUCUUUGAAUGUAGGAUGUCAUUUCUCAUUAAGAAAUGUGGUUGCCUUCCUUAUUAUAUAGUAAUGGAACAUUUUGAAAAGACAUGUAAUGCAACAGAACUACUUUGUAUAGCAGCACACAAAGAAGAGUUGAGGUUUUAUCGUCCACCAAGUGCAUCUUCUGAAGUCACUGAGGAUAUUAGGAAUAGUUCAUUAGACUGUACACACUGUCUUCCCACUUGCAAUGAAAGGCAUUAUGAAGUAGUUGUCAUAGAUUUUUACACUAAUACGGGAUUGAAAAAACAUAAAUAUGAUGGAUUUGUCGAUAUUUACUACAAGGAUACAGGAGUAGUUAAAUAUCAAAGAGAAAUGAGCUAUAAUUUUAUACAACUUGUAGUUAACUUAGGUGGCAUUGGUGGUCUUUUCUUGGGAGCAAGUUUACUAAGUUUACUGGAAGUUGUGUUUUGGUUGUCAAAAGCUUUAAUCAUAUAUAUAUGGCCAAUGAAAGAAAAGAAAAGAAGACCAAAGAAACAAGUUCCAGAGAAAGGGACAAUUUCACAUAUUCAGGGUUGGCUGGAUUAA